AUGGGUUCCGAAGAACAAACCCCCACUCCAGAGAACACCACUCUGUUCCAAGGUUUCGAGUGGAAUGUCCCUGCCGAUAACAAGCACUGGAAACGUCUUAUCGCGCAGGUUCCCAAACUGAAGGCAAUUGGAAUCGACAACAUCUGGCUCCCCCCAGGUUGCAAGGCUGCUUCGCCCGAGGGAAAUGGAUACGACAUCUACGACCUGUACGACCUGGGUGAGUUUGACCAAAAGGGUCAGAGAACCACCAAAUGGGGGCCAAAGGAAGACUUGCUCGAGCUUGCCAAGAUCGCCAAAGAGAACGGAAUCGGGCUGUACUGGGACGCAGUGUUGAACCACAAAGCCGGCGCGGACAACACCGAAAAGUGCCGCGUUGUUGAAGUCGACGCCGACGACCGCACAAAAACCGCCUCAGACCCGUAUGAAAUCGAGGGCUGGCUAGGUUUCGACUUCCCUGGCCGUGGCGAGAAGUACUCCGCGCAGAAAUACCACUGGCAGCACUUUGGCGGGACAGACUACAACCAAGCCAACGAGCGCAAGGCUAUCUACAAGAUCCUCGGCGACAACAAGGGCUGGAGUGGGUCGGUUGCCGACGAGCAGGGCAACGCCGACUACAUGAUGUUUGCGGAUAUCGACUACUCGCACCCAGAAGUUCAGGAAGACGUGAAGAAGUGGGGUGUAUGGAUCACCAAGGAGAUAGGCCUCAAGGGGUUCCGACUCGACGCGGUGCAACACUUUUCUGAACACUUCACACACAACUGGGUAGACAACCUCCGCGACCAGUGCGGCAAGGACAUUUUCUGCGUAGGCGAGUACUGGUCGGGCGACGUGUCCGUCAUGAACAAAUGGCUCGAGGCCAUGGAGCGCAAGUUCUCUCUCUUCGACUCGCCCUUACUCAACAACUUCUCCUCACUCUCCAAGACGGAAAGCGCCGAUCUACGCAAAGUCUUCGACAAGACCCUCGUCCAGUCCAACCCCGUAAACGCCGUCACUGUCGUGACAAACCACGACACGCAGCCCGGCCAGACGGUCGAAACGCCAAUCGAGGGCUUCUUCAAGCCCCUCGCCUACGCUCUCAUCCUGCUGCGCAAGGAGGGCUACCCCUGCCCCUUUUACGGCGACCUCUACGGCCUGUUGGAGCCCCAUGAGACGCCACCAUCCUGCGGCGGCCAGCUCGCUGACCUAAUCCUCGCGCGCAAGCUGUUCGCGUACGGCACCCAGGAGGACUACUGGGACAAUGCGAACUGCAUUGGUUUCGUGCGCCGCGGAACCUGGGAUAAGAAAGCCGGGCUGGCGUGCGUGAUGAGCAACACGGGGCCUGGUCAGAUUCGCAUGGCCGUGGGCGACAUGCAUGCUGGCGAGAAAUGGACAGAUGUGUUGGGCUGGGAGCAGGGCGAAGUCGAGAUUGACGCAGAAGGGUACGGAAUGUUCAACUGCCCGGGGACGAGCGUGUCGGUCUGGGUCAGGAGUGAUGCCGAGGGGAGGAAUCAGUUCCCUACUAAGUUUGAUGUGGAUAUCUACAAGAACUAG